AUGCCAUACCUCGAGACAAGCUCGGAAUGGUACGAGCAGUCAUCCUUACUGCUCAAAGCCCGGCCCACCACAACACACAUAACCUCCAAAUACACCGUCCUGAAACCGAACGCGCGGAAGAUCAAAAAGCACCAGAAGUACCUCGAGAAGCGCGCCGCGCGACCUGCCGACCCUUCACGACCCGCAUCAGACGCGCCCGCCGCGGACAGCGCAUUGGAACCGAAAGCAACAUUCGUACUCAAGACCUACGAUCCCGCCUCGGGGACUUGCUUGCAGUACCAGACAACGAAGGCGGCGGAGGUCGGUAGACUGAUUGGUAGCCUCGGACGGUUAGGGAGACACCAGGCUGCGCUUCCGGAGACGAUGGAAGAUUUGAGUGCGCCAACCGAUGGGGCGGGCAUUUCCACGCCGAAGGUGGAAGAGGAUGUGAAGAUGGGUGGGGUGCCGGUGGAACCGAAAGCGGGAGCUGGCGGUAAGAAGAAAAAGAAGGGGAAGAAAUGA